AUGUAUCUAAUCAUAACUGCAUUCUAUCAUUCUACUGCGUCUGUAGAUCUGUGCACCGCACUACAAAUACGAGAGACUGUGGUUUCUUGGUCGGAGAAGAAGAAGAAGAAUCAAAAGCCGUACAUUCGUUUGGAGAAGUCCUUCCCGCUCGCAAUGACUCGUUUGCACCUCAUCUCAGCAGUGCUGCUCUCUGUCUUUAUCGCCUCUGGCGCUCUCACUAUCGAUCUAGGUGAAGUUGCCGAACGGCAGCAGCGUCGGAAUAGGUGCGGUCGUGGCAAGUGCCGUUUCGUUAUUUGCCGCGGAAGUCAGACAUCGUUUCUCGCCGCUCCGAAUACAGCUCUUAGCUCUCCCAUAUGCCGCCGCGAUCAGAAAAUUGAGCAAAUUCUGUCCACAGGAGAAGCUCGAAUCAAAGAUUCCGAAGGGGAUCUUAUCCCUAUCUCGGAGUGGCGACCUGAAGGCCUCGAAGUACCGUUCAAGUCAGGCGCAUUGUUCGCCGAUGCGAUACCCGGUCGCGGUCUUUCUGGUCUUGCGAGGCUUCCUGCAGUGGGGAAUCAGAAUGAAUUCUUGGAUAACGCCUGUGUUGUGGUUCCUAUUAGAAGCUACGAAAGAAUAGUGAACGGGAAGAAGAGAGUGAGACAGGCGACCAGUCCGCGGGAUUGUCUCAGCGUCGGACUGGAAUCGCCCACAAUUUUCAUUGAAGCCUUCUGGACCUCUGGAGACGAUAUGGAUUUGGCAGUCAUUGAGCCUGAUAAUGAUCAUUUACCGAUUGCCAUGCAACGGAUUUAAGACGGGAAGAUACAGAGCAGUGUUGAAGCAUGGUGGUAAUUGUGGUAGCGGACCGACCUCAUAUGAACUUCGAGUAGUUGUGAAUGGCCGGUUGAAGGCCAUAAAGAAGGGGGUCUCAAAUGCCGACGGUGGCAAGAGAGUAACCUCGCUACGGUUCAUGUUGGAAUGACGUAGCAUGGAAGCAUAAUCCCCACUUUGCAGGCCAUAGCUCGUACUGUUUAUUACCACGUGGAACGCUGAUAUAACUGCUGAACCUUCUGGAGCCCUACGGAGAACACAAAGUAUCGGAACUGUCGACUACAACAUGCAAAAUGGCCACAUGACAAUAAACUCUACUAAACUUCUCGUCCUCUUUUACCCUUAAUCGGAAGAAGAUAUUCACAA